UGGUAAAGGUGGAUACCCCAAUGUCCAAAUUAAACCCAUGUGAAGAAGAGAAGAAGAAAAAAUGGCUUCUGCAGUCGAAUUGCUGCCCAAAGAAUACGGCUAUGUAGUCCUCGCCGUCGUUCUCUACACUUUUCUCAAUUUCUGCAUGGCCGCCAAAGUUGGCAGGGCCAGAAAAAGGUACAAGGUGCCGUAUCCGACCAUGUAUGCGUCGGAAUCGGAGAACAAAGAUGCAAAAGUGUUCAACUGUGUGCAGAGAGGCCAUCAGAACUCUCUCGAAAUGAUGCCUAUGUUGUUUGUGCUUCUGGUGUUGGGAGGUCUUAAGCAUCCUUGCAUCUCCGCCGCGCUUGGUUUCCUCUUCACUUUCACUCGCUAUUUCUACUUCAAGGGCUACGCCACCGGUGACCCCAUAAACCGCCUCGCCAUCGGGAAAUACGGGUUCUUGGCUAUAUUCGGGCUUAUAGGGUGCACAAUUUCGUUUGGGGUCAGUCUUCUUCUUCGAGGAUAAAGAAAAAGCUGAACGAAACUCUCAUCUCAUACUCUUAUGCGGGGGGAGGGCUUGCUUGCUUACUAUUGCUGUUUCAUAUGCGCUGCUAACAGGUAUUGCAGUUUUCCCUUUGUUUAUAGUGUUGACUUUUGAAUAAGUAAUAAAGUGCAAGAGAUAGGAGGGACGGAGUGUGUCUGUUGCGAUUUGUAGGCCUACUUUUGAUGUUUUAUGUAUGUAAUUGUUUAA